GGCCGCAGCAAUUAAGAGAAUCAUUCCUUUGAUGGACCGAGUACUCGUUCAAAGAGCCGAUGCUAUAACUAAAACAAAAGGUGGAGUCUUGUUACCAGAGAACCAGAAGAAGGUUCUUCAAGCCACUGUAGUUGCUGUUGGACCUGGCUCAAGAAAUGAGCAAGGACAACAUAUUCCAAUGAGUGUAAAUGUAGGAGACAAAGUUCUCCUUCCCGAGUACGGUGGCACCAAAGUAACUCUUGAAGAGGACAAGGAAUUACAUCUUUUCCGUGAAUCAGACAUUGUUGCUAAAAUCGAAUCCUCAUAG